GCUGAAGGGCUUUCAGCAACAUGGGAACCACUUUUAACAACAUGUUUCCAUGUUGCUGAAGCUAAGCAUUUUAGUAGUGUGUGGCGAAGCCUACUGUGGAUGAUUAGAUCCGUCAUGCUGCCGCUCUCAACUUCAAGAAUCACCUCCGAUUCUGUUGGAUGCCGUCUAAUGACCCCAAUGCCGGUCCAACUCUCAUCUCGAUCCUAGACCCCAAGAAGGAGCAGAUUAAAGCUCUAAUUGUGUCGUUAAUGCUAUCUUCCUCUCCUCGCAUCCAGAGCCAGCUUAGCGAGGCCCUUGCUGUCAUUGAAAAGCACGACUUCCCCAAAGCGUGGCCUACUUUGCUUCCUGAGCUCGUCACCAGCCUCCAAAAGGCUGCGCAAGUCUCGGAUUACGCAUCUAUCAAUGGUAUUCUUGGUACUGCCAAUUCUAUUUUUAAAAAGUUUAGGUAUCAAUAUAAAACCAACGAUCUUUUGCUUGAUUUGAAGUAUUGUUUGGACAAUUUUGCAACCCCAUUAUUAGAAGUUUUUCUUAAGAGUGCUUCUGUGAUUGAUUCUGCCAUUGCUUUAGGUGGUGGCUCUGUUGCUACCCUUCGACCUCUGUUUGAGUCACAGAGAUUAUGUUGCAGGAUAUUCUUUACCUUGAACUGUCAGGAAUUGCCUGAGUUUUUUGAGGAUCACAUGAGGGAGUGGAUGGGUGAGUUUAAGAAGUAUAUCCUGGAUCUCCAUGGACUUCAAAUCUAUAACUUAUGGAGGUACAAGUUCUGGUUCUUUAGGGUUCUUUUGCCCAGUAUAAUUGUCCAUGUCAACCCAACUUUCUAGACCAAAUUGCAGAGAUUCCUAAAGAAAAUUGCAGACUUUGU